AUGGCGGAGGAGGUAUGGGUGGGCACCUGGAGGCCCCAUCGCCCCCGGGGACCCAUCAUGGCCCUCUACAGCAGCCCCGGACCCAAGUACCUGAUUCCACCCACCACAGGCUUUGUGAAGCACACGCCCGACAAGCUGCGUGCACCGGCCUACAGCUUCCACGGGGCCCCCACGCUCCUGGCAGAGAACUGCUCCCCGGGGCCCCGCUACAGCGUGAACCCCAAGAUACUGAGGACUGGCAAGGACAUCGGCCCCGCCUACUCCAUCCUGGGGCGCUACUGCACUAAGACCACGCUGACCCCCGGCCCUGGCCACUACUUUCCAGAGAAAUCUACCAAGCAUGUGUUCGACUCGGCGCCCAGCCACUCCAUUUCUGCCCGAACCAAGACCUUCCGAGUGGACAGCACCCCAGGCCCCGCUGCCUACAUGCUGCCCGUGGUGAUGGGGCCCCACACUGUCGGCAAGGCCUCCCAGCCCGCCUUCUCCAUCAAGGGCCGCAGCAAGCUGGGCAGCUUCAGCGACGACCUGUACAAGACCCCAGGUCCCGCAGCCUACCGCCAGACCGAUGUCCAGGUGACCAAGUUCAAGGCUCCACAGUACACCAUGGCUGCCCGAGUGGAGCCCCCGGGGGACAAGACCCUCAAGCCAGGACCAGGAGCCCACAGCCCUGAGAAGGUGACAGUGACCAAGCCCUGCGCCCCGAUCGUCACCUUUGGCAUCAAGCAUUCUGACUACAUGACACCCCUGGUCGUGGACGUGGAAUAG